AUGCAGUUAAAUUCAUUACCAAACAAGAUAGGGAAUUGCAUAGUUGUUGACCCUUUUCUUCACCAUGUAGGGUAUGAUAUAUAUCUUGUUGGAGGUUGUGUCCAGGAUCUUAUACUAAAGCAAAUAAGUAAGGACUUUGAUAUUAUUACUUCAGCUGAUCUUAAAGAGGUGUUGAGAACAUUUCCAUGGUGUGAGAUAGUUGGUAAAAAGUUUUCCAUAUGUCAUGUUCGUAUGGAUGGUACCAUUGUCGAGGUUUCGAGUUUCAAUAUUGCUACAAGGAAGUCAAAUCACUUUCAUCAUGACAUCGAGGCACCCAGUAGCUGUGAUAAGGAGGACUAUCUUCGUUGGAGGAAUUGUUUGAAAUGCGACUUUACAAUUAAUGGGUAG